CCUACAAUUGGGCAGAUAGUGGUUUAGACGUAUACGUCGGUGGUCCGUACCUCGUCUUAACUUACGGGUUGAAACUUGAGAUCUAUCUAACAUUUAUAUACUCAUAACUUAUCUACUCUCGUCUUAAGAGUAAGCAUACUGUAGAGAGUUAUAGAUAUCUCACUCUUAGAUAAACUUCUACAGAGUUAGAUAUAUAGUUUUACUACUUACAGAGUUACACGUAAAACCGUAAAACUACUCCUGUUUAAGCCUAAAGCUCAGUUUUGAUUUAUUAUAACGUAGAAGGACGAACGCGCGGCGCCUAAAAUAUACGGAUCCUAAUAUAAACGUGGCCACUAUAGCUCUUAUUUAGAUAUUUGGAUUACUUGGCUCUUUUGGUUUUUUGUUUCCUAGUUAGGUGUGCUCCACCGAUAUUAUAACGUAGAUGAUUAUAGUAUGUUAUCUAACUCUCGUAGGGGUUAGAUAUGUAACUUAACUUACCUCGUCUUAACUUACGGGUUGCACUCUGACAUCUAUCUUCAAGGAGACAGGCGACGGAGAUGGAUAUGCGAGGUAGAUGAAUGAUGGGAGACGAACCAGAAGCCUCUAACAAACGCCAUGGAUGUUCCAGAGCACGCAGAGUUCCAAGGUAACGUUCAAGUGCCAUCCGAACUCGUGUAAUACGAAUUGGCAGUUGUUUUUGAACU